AUGCCUCCCCUCAUCGUCGAUGUUCACACUCAUGUUUACCCUCCAGCAUACAUGCAGAUGCUGAGGGAACGCAAAGCUGUCCCCUACGUCCAUGACCCAGCCAACAAAGAUGAAGUCCCCCGCCUGAUCAUCCUCUCGUCCGACAAUGAUCCCUCCAUUCCCCUCGAUCAGCGCGGUCGCCCCGUUGACGCCUCCUACUGGAAUAUCGACGUCAAGCUAUCUUUCAUGCGCCAGCACGGGAUCAACUGCAGCGUAAUCUCGCUCGCAAACCCCUGGCUGGAUUUUGUGGAGCCCCAAGAGGCCCAAACCUGGGCCGGGAAGAUCAACGACGAUCUAGACGCCACCUGCGCGCGCGUCAAUCAGGCCGCAGAUCCCGAGAACAAGCUCGCACUCGACCAGAAAGAGACGCUGUUCGCCAUGGGGGCGCUCCCGCUAAGCGCCCCCGCGGAUGUUGUCGUGAAUGAGAUCAGACGACUCAAGACCUUGCCGCAUCUACGCGGAGUGAUCAUGGGGACCUCGGGCUUGGGCAAGGGGCUGGAUGAUGCCCGGCUGGACCCCGUUUGGGAGGCGCUGCAGGAGACGGAUUCGUUGAUGUUUCUGCAUCCACACUAUGGUCUGCCCGAUGAGGCUUUCGGGGCGCCUGGAGUGACGAAUCGCUAUGGACAUGUGCUGCCCUUGGCGCUGGGGUUCCCUCUCGAAACGACCAUUGCGGUGACGAGGAUGCUUCUCUCGGGGGUGUUUGAUCGCUUUCCUAAACUGAAGGUUCUCCUGGCUCAUUCCGGUGGGACUCUUCCUUUCCUCGCGGGCCGCAUUGAAAGUUGUAUUCUCCAUGAGCGGAAAUUCAUCUCGGGGGGCGGUGAUGUCCCUGGUCCGCAGAGGAGUAUAUGGGAGGUGCUAAAGGAGAACAUCUAUCUGGAUGCCGUUGUGUAUGGCAAGGCUGGUUUGAAGGCUGCCGUCACGGCCUCGGGUUCAGAUCGUCUUCUUUUUGGCACCGAUCAUCCUUUCUUCCCCCCGUUGAGCGAAGAAGAAAAGGAUUGGCCAAGUGUCACAACCAACUACAAAGCAAUCCACGCCGCAUUCGAUACAGAAGCUGAAGCCGUGGCAGAUGUUCUAGGCCGGAAUGCUGCUCGCAUUCUGAACUUGAAAUGA